UCUUUCUUUGCGAAUCAGUACCAGGUCGCCGAAGAAGAAAAACACGCGCUUCCCUUUGGUCCGGAUAGCGUGGAAGUAAAUGUAUCUUGGUAAAUAAAUGCUAGUUUUCUAGCUACAAAAUUAUUUCGGCAAAAUGGUUCGAAAAUUGAAAUUUCAUGAGCAGAAGCUUUUGAAGAAGGUUGACUUUAUCAACUGGGAGGUAGACAACAACCUGCACGAGGUGAAAGUAUUGCGGAGGUAUCACAUCGAGAAGAGAGAAGACUACACCAAGUACAAUAAGUUGAGCCGUAACAUCCGAGAGCUUGCUCAGAAGAUACGUGAUCUGGACGAGAAGGAUGGCUUCAGAGCCCACAGCACAGGUCAACUACUUGAGAAACUGUAUGGUACUGGGCUGAUCCCCACCAAACAGAACCUGGCUCUUACAGAGAAAGUCACUGCCUCUUCAUUCUGCAGGAGGCGGCUACCCACCAUAAUGGUAAGCUUACGAAUGGCUCAGAACCUGAAGACAGCCAUCACCUUCAUCGAACAAGGACAUGUGCGUGUGGGACCAGAGAUUGUCACAGAUGCAGCUUUCCUUGUCACUAGAAAUAUGGAAGACUUUGUAACAUGGGUUGACUCUUCAAAGAUCAAACAGCACGUCAUGACCUACAAUGAUGAGAGGGAUGACUUUGAUCUUGUAGUAUAGACCUACAGUAUUCACCGUCGGGUCAUUCAUCGCCCAUGGGAAGGACAAGAGGAAAAGUGUGUGCAUUACAAGUAUGAGCAUUUGUAUGGGUGAGCCCAUGGUUGAACAUGGUGUGUUUGACUGCGAGUGUGUAUGGGACUUUUUUGGGGGCGGUAGGAGUGUUAUUUCAACAUGUAGUGUUUCAAAUUUUAUAAACAUUAAGAUAAAUAUACAUUUCAACAAAUCCUUUUACAGUUAUGUAACCUUUGUAAACAAUAAACAACUUUUUUGCCAUGGUAAA